CUUUUCUGUAAGAAAUCGAAUUUUAAAAAAGUUGUUAAGUUAUAUAUGCAUUACUUUUAGAUUUUUAAUUAUGUAAAUGAGUUGUCAAUUAUGGAAUUAAAAAAAAAAUGUACAGUUCCCUUGUUCUAUAGUCGUAAGUUAUGUUAUUCGCCGCCCAAAAUCCUCGGUUGAUUCACCAAUACAACUUUUUUUUUGGACUUUCUUUAUUCCUAUUUUCUUACCUCGUACUUCCUUUCCCUUACACAACAACAACAACAACCAAAUCUGCACUAAAAGGUCAACCAACAUUCAUCUAUUGUGAUACUGCGUAUGAACAAUUGCUUGAAAUUCAUUGUUCUGUGAUUCUUCCUGCUUGAUUUAAGCUAGCUCUUCAUCAAAAUCUAUCGAGCUUUGUUGAAGGAUGUCGUUCGUUGUGGGAUUGAUAAUCGGAAUUACGAUUGGAUUUGCAUUGAUUAUUGGAUUUGUUCGAUCGGAAAAUGGUCGAUCUAAGCGUCGUUCUGCACUUGCAACAAUGAUUGCUGCGCUUGCAAGAAUGACUCGUGAAGAUUCACAAAAAUUGCUCACAAAAGAGUAUUACCCUUCGUGGUUGGAUUGGCUUAAUGCUCAUCUUACAAAGAUCUGGCCCUAUGUUGAUGAGGCAGCUUCUGAGCUUAUAAAGGCUAAUGUGGAGCCAAUUCUUGAGCAAUAUAGACCGAUUGUACUUUCUUCUUUGACUUUUUCCAAGCUUACUCUUGGCACUGUUGCACCACAAUUUACAGGAGUUUCUGUUAUUGAAGAAGAAAGUGAUGGAAUAACUUUGGAAUUGGAGAUGAAAUGGGAUGGAAACCCAAGUAUAGUACUUGAUGUCAAGACUAGACUUGGUCUGGGAUUGCCUGUGCAGGUGAAGGAUAUAGCAUUUACAGGGGUUUUUAGGUUAAUUUUCAAGCCACUUGUUGAUGAAUUUCCUUGCUUUGGAGCUGUGUCAUUUUCUUUGAGAAAGAAGAAAGAUAUGGAUUUUACUCUGAAAGUAAUUGGUGGUGACAUAUCUGCUAUUCCUGGUGUUGCCGAUGCUCUUGAGAGUACCAUACAUGAUGCAGUUGAGGAUUCGAUCACAUGGCCUGUUCGAAAAGUUAUUCCCAUUCUCCCUGGUGAUUACAGUGAUCUUGAAUUAAAGCCCAUGGGAAUAUUGGAGGUGAAACUUGUACAAGCACACGGUUUAACUAAUAAAGAUUUAAUCGGAAAAUCCGAUCCAUUUGCAAAAUUAUAUAUACGCCCUUUACGUAGUAAAAUGAAAACCAGCAAAGUUCUUGAUAAUGAUUUGGAUCCAGUUUGGAAUGAACAUUUUGAGUUCGUAGUUGAAGAUAUUUCCACCCAACAUUUGACUGUAAAAAUAUACGAUGAUGAUGGGAUUCAAGCUUCAGAACUCAUUGGAUGUUGUCAAGUGAAGUUAAGCGAACUUAACCCUGGUAAAGUGAAGGAUGUGUGGUUAAAAUUGGUAAAAGAUUUGGAGAUCCAUAGAGAUAAUAAAGAUAGAGGAAAGGUGCACUUGGAGUUGUUAUAUUAUCCACAUGGUGUGGGAAACGGGUUUAUCAACCCGUUUAAUUCCACGUAUUCAAUGACAUCUUUGGAGAAGGUUCUAGAAGAUGGUUCAGGGGGUGAAAAUGAUUUAUCGGGGAAAGCCGAUCCUUUUGUGGUUCUCAUUAUGAAAAAAACCGGGAGCAAAAACAAAACCAGGGUGGUAAAUGAAAAUUUGAAUCCAGUUUGGAAUCAGACAUUUGACUUUGUUGUUGAGGAUGGUUUACACGAUAUGCUCAUUCUGGAAAUAUGGGACCAUGAUACGUUUGGGAAGGAUUUCAUGGGGAGAUGCAUUUUGACACUAACAAGGGUUAUAUUAGAAGGGGAAUAUAAAGACAAUUUUCAAGUUGAGGGUGCCAAAUCUGGAAAACUUAGCUUAAAUCUCAAAUGGGCACCUCAGCCGAUUUUUCGUAGAUCUUAGCAUUUGUUUUUGUGUGGGUGGGUGUAGAAUUUUUUAAAACUUGAGAAAUCUAUGGUCAUUUUGGAGUGACGAUGUUGUUGUGCUAUUGUAACGUUGGUUAAGAAGUUGAUUAGAAUGACAUUUGAACUUACAAACAACAAUUACACUUUAUAAAAUGCAA